ACCCUCCAUCAAAUUAGCCUUAAAUCCUCAGAAAACCCCAAAUUGGCUCUUAAUUUAUAUCACUUUUGUUGUUUAUUCACGAAGAAUCGAAGUAUGGAUGCAGAUUUACAGGAUCACAACAAGCUACCUGACCUCAAAUUAGAUGCUAAACAAGCUCAAGGGUUUCUCACCUUCUUCAAGAAAUUACCCAAUGAUGCGAAAGCCGUUCGCUUUUUCGAUCGACGGGAUUACUUCACAGCUCAUGGUGAGAAUGCUUCAUUUAUUGCAAAUACAUAUUAUCACACCACAACAGUCUUGAAACAAAUUGGUAAUGGGCCCGAUGCUUUAUCUAGUGUGAGUGUAAGCAAAAACAUGUUCGAAACUAUCGUUCGCGAUCUUUUACUAGAAAGAACCGAUCAUAGUCUUGAAUUAUACGAGGGCAGCGGGUCAAACUGGCGAUUAACAAAACGAGGAACCCCUGGUAAUCUCAACAGCUUCGAAGACAUUUUAUUUGCAAAAAACGAUAUGCAAGAUUCACCAGCAAUCGUAGCCAUUAUUCCAAAUUUUCGCGAAACCGGGUGCACCGUUGGAUUAGGUUAUGUCGAUCUUUCUAAACGGGUACUUGGCAUUACCGAGUUUCUCGAUGAUAACCACUUUACGAACGUUGAAUCGGCUUUAGUUUCUCUCGGGUGCAAAGAGUGUGUUUUACCUACUGAAAUCACGAAAUCGAGUGAGUGUAAACCUUUGUAUGAUGUAAUGUCGAAAUGUGGUGUGAUGGUAACCGAAAGAAAGAAAGCCGAGUUUAAAGGACGAGAUUUAACGCAAGAUCUUGGUAGGUUAAUCAAAGGUUCAAAUGAACCGGUUCGUGAUCUCGUUUCUUCUUUCGAACAUGCACCUAUGGCUUUAGGGGCGUUAUUGUCUUACGCUGAGUUACUUUCCGAUGAAAACAAUUACGGGAAUUAUACGAUCGGUUGGUAUAAUCUUAACAGUUACAUGAGAUUAGACUCUGCUGCUAUGAGGGCGUUGAAUGUUAUGGAGAGUAAAACGGAUGCUAACAAGAAUUUUAGUCUGUUUGGUCUCAUGAAUAGAACAUGCACAGCUGGAAUGGGUCGAAGGUUACUACACAUGUGGCUAAAACAACCUUUGUUGGAUGUCAACGAGAUUAAUACAAGACUAGAUUUGGUGCAAGCGUUUGUUGACGAUACCGCUUUUCGUCAGGAUUUACGUCAGCAUUUGAAAAGAAUACACGACAUUGAACGGUUGAUGCGCUGUGUUGAGAAACGAAGAGAUAGUUUGUUACAUAUCGUCAAGCUUUAUCAGUCGAGCAUUAGAAUUCCAUACAUUAAAAGCGCAAUGGAACGAUACGAUGGUCAAUUUGUAUCACUAAUCAAGGAAAGAUUCAUGGAUCGUUUCGAUUAUCUGACUAACGAUGAUCACUUGAAUAAGUUUAUUGGUCUCGUUGAAGUUUCUGUUGACCUUGACCAACUCGAAAACGGAGAAUACAUGAUUUCACCGGGUUACGAUUCUCAGUUAUCAGACCUGAAAAACGAGCAAGAAUCAGUAGAACAACAAAUACACGAUUUGCAUCAAAAAACCGCCAAUGAUCUCGAGCUAGCUAUCGACAAGUUAAAGAUGGAUAAGGGUACUCAGUUCGGACACGUUUUUAGAAUCACAAAGAAAGAAGAACCAAAAGUACGGAAGAAGCUUAACACCCAUUUUAUCAUUCUCGAAACCCGAAAAGACGGUGUAAAAUUUACAAAUACUAAGCUGAAGAAAUUAGGAGAUCAGUACCAGAAGGUUCUAGAAGAAUAUAAAAGCUGUCAGAAGGAGCUUGUAGCUAGAGUUGUCAAUACAGCAUCAACUUUCUCUGAAGUGUUUGACGAUUUGGCUAAGUUGCUCUCCGAGCUGGACGUCUUGCUUAGUUUUGCUGACCUGGCUGCUAGCAGCCCCACCCCGUAUACGAGACCCGAUAUCACACCAUCGGAUACGGGAGAUAUCAUAUUGGAAGGAAGUAGACACCCUUGUGUGGAAGCUCAAGAUUGGGUGAAUUUUAUACCAAACGACUGCAAACUUGUGAGGGGAGAGAGUUGGUUUCAAAUUAUCACCGGGCCUAACAUGGGUGGAAAAUCCACAUUUAUACGCCAGAUUGGUGUGAACAUUCUUAUGGCGCAAGUGGGCUCUUUUGUUCCUUGUGACAAAGCAACCAUUUCUAUUCGUGACUGUAUUUUUGCACGUGUUGGUGCUGGUGACUGUCAGUUACGUGGAGUUUCCACCUUUAUGCAAGAAAUGCUUGAGACAGCAUCAAUUCUAAAAGGCGCCACUGAUAAAUCAUUGAUUAUUAUUGAUGAAUUGGGCCGUGGAACAUCAACUUAUGAUGGAUUUGGUUUAGCGUGGGCUAUAUGUGAGCACUUGGUUGAAGUAAUUAAAGCGCCUACUUUAUUCGCCACUCAUUUCCAUGAGUUGACUGCAUUAGCUCAUGAAAAUUCUGGUCAACCGUCCGGUAUAGCAAAUUAUCAUGUCAGUGCACACAUUGACUCCUCAAGCCGGAAGCUAACAAUGCUUUACAAGGUUGAAGCAGGGGCUUGUGAUCAGAGUUUUGGAAUUCAUGUUGCAGAGUUUGCAAACUUUCCUGAAAGUGUCGUGUCUCUUGCUAGAGAAAAAGCUGCUGAGCUGGAGGACUUCACACCCGUUUCAAUUGUAUCAAACGAGGCUGAACAAGAGGCUGGCCGGAAACGGAAGAAGCCAUCUGAACCAGAUGAUAUGGCCAUAGGUGCUCCUCGGGCCCGCAAGUUCUUAAAGGACUUCUCGGAAUUGCCACUUGACAAAAUGGACUUGAAGCAGGCUUUGCAAGAAGUGAAACGGUUAAAGAACGAGCUGCAGGAUGAUGUUGGCAACUGUAAAUGGCUCCAGCAGUUCAUAUAAAUGUAUGUACUUAACAUGUUGGUAAUCAACUCUUUUGCCCCCAAUCUCCCAUGGGCACCUUACAUUUUUUGGGGAUGUUCUAACAUUUUGGUGAAGUUGGUUAUGUUUGGUGCAAUGGUAGAUGGUGGUUUU